AUGGACAGGCGCUCUGAUGAAGUUACUUGGGCCCCCAACGAGCUGGGGGGCGUCGGGGGCAUAUCGCCUUGCGGGCCUGGAGGUGAGCAGACGUGGGCUGCCCUGCCUGUGGUCCGAGAUGCUGUUGCCGCCGCGCCUCUGCCGAAGGAGCGGCUCGCCCCGCGCGAAGCCGUUCCAGCGCUUCUGCGCGCAGGCGCUCGCUGCGGAGACAGCGAGUGUGCUGGGAACAUUGCGCCGUUUGGCUCGGCGCCCGUUUCCUUGCCGAGUCGCGACCUGGUCGGGGUGAACAUCUACAAGGUCUCGCCUCGGGCUGCGUCGCACAUGUUCACGCGGCUUCGCGACACCAUUCUCUUCAGCGACGAGGAGUAUGCAUUACGUAUCAAGAAUGAGGGGCUGCCCAACCUGCACUUUGACCCAGUGCUGGAGGCGCAUCCUGCGAUGUGGGAGGGAUUAUGGCGAGAAUUGCGUGACGGGGGCCUGGAUUACUUCCAUGAGCUCAGGAUUGACAAGGAGCUGUCCCAGCACUUCGCGCUGCCACCGGUGCGAGCGUCGGCGGCGGAGCCGGACGAGUUCAUCUACCCUGCGCUCCGAUGGAGCUCUCACGGCGCGCCGCCGCCCGUCCUGGAUGUGGGAGCUGCGCACUUGGCGUACGUUGACAACUUUGGGGUCGUUGGCAGCGACGAGAAGGAGGUGCGAGAGCUACACCGACAGGCGCUCACUGGAGCACGGCAGGCAGGCUGGCAAGUUCACGGGGUCGAGCAGGUCAGCACAUCAAUGGACAUCGUUGGCAGGCACUUUGACGGCCAGAGGCAGGUCGUCGCCUGGCGCUUCUACGCGGGGCUCCAUGCCCCUGUGCGACGAAGCCGUUGCACGGGCAGGGAGACGUGGGCUUUGCGCGGGCACCUGUGCUUCGCGUUCCUGCUAUGGCGACCUUGCCAAUCGCGCCUCGUCGCCCCCGCUUUCGCCGAGUCGGCGGGGGAGGGGGCCCAGAGCAUCUGGCACAGCGUCAAGCGGAAGUUGCUCAUCGCCGCCGCCAUUCGGUGUUUGGUCUACGCGGGCCUCGGGCCGGGCUGGCUUGACCAGGUGGUGGCCACUGAUGCUAGCCAGACUUGUCUUGGCGCGCGCGCUGCCGAGUGGGCGCCCGCAACGCGCGCAGAAGGUUCAAUAAGGAUCCGCACCGCAAGCAUCGCGAGGUGCCUUGUCGACAGGGGCGGCAACCUCGUCUACGACGGAGGGGGGCAUGCCUGGCUCUCCUACGACGACUUCCCAGACAUGCAGACCUUUGCCGCCACGGAAGCGAAGUGGGCUGUGGUGGCCAAGAGGCCCUGCGGGGGGCACGAGGGGGCCAUCCUCGUCAAGGAGGCGCGCGGCGUCAAGCUGGGCUUCCAGUACAUCGUGCGAUGUGGCCGCUGGCGUCACAGCAAAGUGCUCAUGCUGGUCGACAACGCGGGCCUCGUACUUGCUCUUCAGAAAGGCAGGUGCAGGGGCCCCGCGCUGCACGGCCAACUACGACAGACGGCGGCCCUUCAGCUCGCCACAGGACUACGAGCGCAGCGCCGAUGGAUACCAUCCGAGGCGCCUGGAGGUGGAGGCAGCGCUGCCAGCUGGGAGACUGGGCUCGCGCGCCUGGGAGCCGCUGCCGCUGAAAGGGCGCAGGGCCAGGACUAUCCGAACUACCUGGUUUCGCGGUGGCUCGCGGAGAUCGCCUCUCACAACUUCGACGAGGCAGGCUGCCGCUCGGUGCUCAGCCAGCCGCGGGGGCAUCUCGACUACAGCUGGCGCGUCGAGGACUUCCUCGAAUCCGCCCGCCGCCACGACUUGAGGGUCACCACCCUAGACUGCUUGGGGGAGGCCCUGCUGGAGUGGGCCGACCAGGCGUACUUGGACGGCAGGAAGAAGCACGACGGGGAGAAGCUGGAGGCAGCUGUCCUCCACUUCGACCCGAACCUCAAGAGGCCCAACACCAAGCCGCUGGCCAGGUUCGAGAGGUCCCUCAAGGCGCGGGGACGACGGCGGCCAGCACUGGGUCGGUUGCCACCACCGUAUCCGACCGUCUGCGGGCUUGCUAUGGCCCCUCACCUCAUGGGUCGCACGGAUGUGGCCGUGGCCGUUCUGAAUUGGUCGCUCAUCUUCGGGCCCUUGGACGACAACGGGGACCCGACCAAGACAGGCGUGUGCGACGACAACGCGACGCUGGACCACGAUAACCUGCAGUUCUUAGGCUACUUCUUCGAGCAGAACCGCAGCGGGAAGCAGCCGGAGGACCAGCUCUGGGCGUUCUCGCAGGCGGAGCUCGGGAAACUCAUCGCAAAGGCCGUGAAGUUCUGCCACCUCGAGAAGAUCGGCAUCGUGUCCUACAGACUGCGGCAUGCAGGCCCCUCCUGGGACGUGAUCACCGGCAGGAGAUCGCAGUUGGAGGUUCAGAGGCGCGGACGGUGGGCCAGCAUUAGCCCACUGAUCAGAUGCGAGAAGUCAAGCAAGGUCGAUGCCAUGCUGGUGGAGCUGCCGCCGGACGCCCAGGAGUACCUCAGGCUCUGCUGCUCGCACCUUGGCGACUCCUCCUCGGCGGGGUCCGAGGACCCCGACCGCCUGGCUGGGAAGCGGUGGGUGCGCGAGAAGGAUGAGAUCAGCCGGCGCCGAGGACCAGCACUUCGGUUCGCAGAAUUCGCUGCAGGCGAGAUUUGGACUUCCCUCACGAUCAUGGACGGUGGAGGCGCGGCGGCACCAGGCGGUGCUCUCAUCGUGGAGGGCGUGCUGCACUUUGUGGGCCCACCGUUGAAGAUGAUGGUUAGACCUGAUUUUAGAAUAAUUACUGGUCCUGGGCCUGUCAGCUACUCCGUCGACCCCGAGGUGCGAGCGUUGCCUUUGAAGCUGGGCGAGCUGGAGUCGAGCUUGCCAGACGCAUCCGCGGCAGGAGAGUUGAAGGCCACCGCCUGUGUCUCAGAGAGCAUCCGACUGGCCGCCCACAUGGUGAAGCUCGGGAUCUUGGCGCGCAUUGACGACGCAAGUAGGGUGUUCACCGUCGAUGGCGCGCCGGUGGCCCAGGGGGCUUUUGCGGUCAGCAAGAAAGGCAAACCUGGCAACGAGCAGGCAAGAAUCACGCUUUUUAUCGUGACUAUGAUCCCGACGAACUCAUACUUGAAGGCCAUCUGCGAGGAUCUGGGCACUCUCACACCUCAGGGCAGGCGCUUCUGGUCGAGCGACGACCAGAAGGGGGCGUUCUUCCUGUGGGAGGCCCCCGAGGCAUGGCAAGCAUACGUGGUCCCGGGCGAAAAAGUGCCAGGGCAUAUGGUGUGGGCCCCAGAGAGGGCGUGGACGCACGGGCUUGCACCAGGGCAGUGCCGGCCGCCCUGGUGCGACGACCCAGCUUUCGAUCAGCGUGGGCCAGACGGCGGCGACCCUGCCGGCGGAUGCCUCGCGAAGCACUACCUGGCCGUGUCAGGGAAAGGUGGGUGCAACAUGCGACUGGACGUGGGGGCGCCGCACCGAGUAAGGGCAUGGCCGAGAGCAGCGGUGCAAGUCCAAAGCCGGCGCUGGAAGGUCGCGUUGUCCUACGUGCGGCAAGGCCGCGAGGACGGCCGCAUUAAGUUUUUUGGGGCUGGAGGCCGCCCUCAAUUCGAUCAAGUGGAGAUCGCGAAAGAGCCAGAGGAUGCACGCGCGGUGCGCCAGUGGUCCGCGCUGUGCCUCGCGUGCCAGUUCUACCCGAUGGGCGUGCACGCGGCGACAGACGACAACCCGGCCGACUUACCGUGCUGCCGGAACGCGCUGUAA